GAGGGGCCUCGGAGGCCACGGGGCGAGCCUGAGGGCAAGUCCGGGCAGGCGGAGGCCGGGCCAGCGUGACCGGGGCGGAAUCCCUGGUCUUCUCAGUCCGGCGAACGCUUCUGGUCUUGAAAGUCGGUUUUUCGUGUUUCGGGACAAAACGUCUUUCAGUCCCUCCGCCCCUCCCGGCGUCCCAGGGGCGGGGCACGGGCCACCUUGGCGGCGGCGCUGCGUUAGAAGGCGGGCCUCGGGCGCGGGGUUCUUGAUCUAGACCUCCGCUGCUGGACUCGGGCGAGGGCGCUGCCGUUCGUUGGCGUCUGCCUCCCAGAGACUGUUGGCUGCUGUGAUGGCGUGGUUACAGACGUUCUGAUUGCGGGGACCCCUCCUCCCCAAGCCGGUGGGGACCCUCGGGCCCAAGGAGUUAAACCAGAGGAUUGACCACCACCUCCAUGGCUGCCUCACAGACUUCGCAAACUGUUGCAUCUCACGUUCCUUUUGCAGACUUGUGUUCAACUUUAGAACGAAUACAGAGAAGUAGAGGACGUGCAGAAAAAAUCAGACACUUCAGGGAAUUUUUAGAUUCUUGGAGAAGAUUUCACGAUGCCCUUCAUAAGAACCAAACGGAUGUCAGGGACUCCUUUUAUCCAGCAAUGAGACUUAUUCUUCCUCAGCUAGAAAGAGAGAGAAUGGCCUACGGAAUCAAAGAAACUAUGCUUGCUAAACUUUAUAUCGAAUUGCUUAAUUUACCUAAAGACGGAAAAGACGCCCUUAAACUUUUAAAUUAUAGAACGCCCACCGGGCCUCGUGGAGAUGCCGGAGACUUUGCAACAAUUGCAUAUUUUGUGUUGAAACCAAGGUGCUUGCAGAAAGGAAGUUUAACCAUACAGCAGGUAAAUGACAUUUUAGACUCAAUUGCCAGCAAUAAUUCUGCCAGAAGAAAGGACCUAAUAAAGAAGAGUCUUCUUCAGCUAAUAAGUCAGAGUUCAGCGCUGGAACAAAAGUGGCUUAUACGGAUGAUUGUAAAGGACUUAAAACUUGGUUUCAGUGAGCAGUCUGUAUUUUCUGUUUUCCAUAAUGAUGCUGUCGAGUUGCAUAAUGUCACCACAGAUCUGGAGAAAGUCUGUAGGCAACUGCAUGAUCCUUCCAUAGGACUCAGUGACAUUUCCAUCACUUUAUUCUCUGCCUUCAAACCAAUGCUGGCUGCUAUGGCAGAUACUGAGCAAAUCGAGAAGGCCAUGAAACACCAGAGUUUCUACAUUGAAACCAAGCUAGACGGUGAGCGUAUGCAGAUGCACAAACAGGGGGAUGCGUAUCAGUACUUCUCCCGAAAUGGUUUUAACUAUACGGAUCAGUUCGGCAAUUCUCCCCGGGAAGGUUCUCUCACACCGUUCAUUCACAGUGCAUUUAAAACGGACGUACAGAUCUGUAUCCUGGAUGGAGAGAUGAUGGCCUUCAAUCCUAACACACAGACUUUUAUGCAAAAGGGGAAUAAGUUUGAUAUCAAAAGAAUGGUGGAGGAUUCUGAUCUGCAAACUUGUUAUUGUGUGUUUGAUGUACUGAUGGUUAAUAAUAAAAAGCUGGGACAUGAGAUCCUGAAAAAGAGGUAUGAAAUUCUUACUAGUGUUUUUACACCAGUACCAGGUAGAAUAGAAAUGGUGCAAAAAACACAAGCUCAUACUCAGAAAGAAGUGAUCGACGCUUUGAAUGAAGCCAUAGAUAAAAGGGAAGAGGGAAUCAUGAUAAAACAGCCUCUGUCUAUUUACAAGCCAGACAAAAGAGGCGAAGGAUGGUUGAAAAUUAAACCAGAGUACGUGGAUGGGCUGAUGGAUGAGCUGGACAUCUUAAUUGUCGGGGGCUACUGGGGUAAAGGUUCUCGAGGUGGGAUGAUGUCUCAUUUUUUGUGUGCUGUAGCAGAGAAGCCUCCUCCUGGUGAAAAACCGUCAGCGUUUCAUACUCUGUGUCGUGUCGGUUCGGGUUAUACCAUGAAAGAGCUGUACGAUCUGGGUUUGAAAUUGGCCCAACAUUGGAAGCCUUUUCAUAGAAAAGCUCCACCAAGCAGCAUUUUGUGUGGAACAGAGAAGCCUGAGGUGUACAUCGAGCCUUGUCAUUCUGUCAUUGUUCAAGUUAAGGCCACAGAGAUCGUCCCCAGCGAUAUGUAUAAAACUGGCUGCACACUGCGUUUUCCACGAAUCGAGAAGAUAAGAGAAGACAAAGAGUGGCACGAAUGCACCACCCUGGAUGACUUAGAACAGCUUCGUGGGAAAGCAUCGGGAAAGCUUGCGUCCAAACACCUUUACGUUGGUGGUGAUGAAGAACCACGGGAGAAGAAGAGGAAGGCUGCCCCGAAGGUGAAGAAAGUUAUUGGAAUUAUCGAGCACUUAAAAGCACCCAACCUUUCCAAUGUAAACAAAAUUUCUAAUAUAUUUGAAGAUGUGGAGUUCUGUGUCAUGAGCGGAACAGACAGCCAUCCGAAGCCUGAUCUGGAGAACAGAAUUGCAGAAUUUGGUGGUUAUAUAGUACAAAAUCCAGGCCCAGACACAUACUGCGUGAUUGCAGGGUCUGAGAACAUUAGAGUGAAAAACAUAAUUUCUUCGAAUAAACAUGAUGUUGUCAAGCCCGAGUGGCUGUUGGAGUGUUUUAAGACCAAAAGCUGCGUGCCGUGGCAGCCUCGCUUUAUGAUUCAUAUGUGCCCAUCAACAAAGGAACAUUUUGCCCGUGAAUAUGACUGUUAUGGUGACAGUUAUUUUGUUGAUACAGAUUUGAACCUACUGAAGGAAGUGUUCUCAGGGAUUAAAAAUUCCAGCGCACAAACUCCUGGAGAAAUGGCUUCUGUGAUUGCUAAUUUAGAGUAUCGGUAUUCCUGGGACCGUUCCCCUCUCAGUAUGUUUCGACACCACAUUGUUUAUUUGGACUUGUAUGCUGUUAUUAAUGACUUGAGUACCAAAAUCGAGGGAACGAGAUUAGCUGUUACAGCUCUGGAGCUUCGAUUUCAUGGAGCCAAAGUAGUUUCUCGUUUAGCUCAGGGAGUGUCUCAUGUAAUCAUUGGGGAGGAUCAGAGCCGUGUUGCAGAUUUAAAAGCUUUUCGAAGAACUCUUAAGAGAAAGUUUAAAAUCCUGCAACAAGAUUGGGUAACUGAUUCAAUAGACAAGCAUGAGUUGCAGGAGGAAAAUCUAUAUUUGGUUUAAAGCUAGCUUUUCUAGUGAGGAAAGCCUCAUUGUAACAGGUGGUCAUGAUAAAAUAUUAAACUACAUUUUAUUUUUAUCCCUUAAAAUUUAUGAUUAAACAGAUUAUUAGAUAUAGAAAAACAAUAAUUUUAACUUUUGAGAUAGAUAAGAUACUGAAUGGACCAAGACCAAGAAAGAAAAAAUUCUUUUAGAGGUGUAGUAUUUAAUGACUUUUAAAACCAAGAUGAAAUAAAUAGUUUAAAGAAGAGACAUUUAUAUAAUAUCCCUGUAGAAAUCGAGAAUUUUGACUCAAGUAUUAAUCAAAUACAUUCAGAAGCUUUUAGAGUCAUUAAAAGCAUUGAUCUAAGUGGAUUUUCUGAGGUCAAAAUUUUAAUAGUUUUUAUCUAGUAAAAGCAUUGCAAGAAAGAAGCAGAAUUGUUACAAUUGGACUUGUAAAAAAAAAUAUGUCUUUUAAAUUGAAGGCUAAAAUUCUUUGAAGUGUGAAAUGUAAACAAAUUUAUUUUUUAAGGUUAAGGGCAAGCUCAUGAAUAAGACCUUGUUAAUGAUGUCAUUAGGUAAAUUAGGAGAAGUAACUUAAAAUUAGAUGAAUAUAAUUAAAAGAAACUUACAGUUUUAAAAGUACUUGGCCCACAUUUAUUUUUUUUCUACAACAGAGCAUGUUUUAAAGAGAGUGUUUUUAUGUGAACUGUACUCCAGAAUAAAUCGUAUUCACAAAGAGUGAUUUUCCUAGAUGUAAUCCAUCGAGUCCAUGUCAAGAUGGCAUGUGUUGUAACUUCCGUUACAGAGAGAUAAAUUGCUCUAUUUAAAAUGAUUUUUAUCUUUAGAUUAUUUAAACUCAAUAUGUAUAAUAUGUAUUAUGUCUGGAUUUAUAUACCAAAUUUUAGAAUAGUCUUUCAUUUUGAAAAAUAUGUUUUCAUGACAUCUUUGCAAUACUUGAAAUAUGGUACCCAAGGAAUUAUUAUUAUUAUUAUUUGUAAGUAAUUUGAAAUUUUAUUGAAACAGUGCAACAAAUGUUAUAUUUCUUAAUUUAAAUAAAAUAUU